AUGCACUUUAACAAGAGUCUCGUCCUUGCUGUCCUUGCCCUUGCGGCCCCUGCCGUCAUGGCUCAAGAAACCACUGAGGACGGUCCUGCUGCUACCACUGAGCUUGCCACUGGCACUCUUCCCGCUCUUCCCGUUGCCACUGGCACGGCCACCGCUUCUAUUCCCGGAACCCUCACGGCCUUGCCUAUUCCCAGCGGUAGCGUUACGCCCAUCCCAUUGCCCUCUGGCACGGUUGCCAGACCUUCCACCACCUCGGCCGCCAGGACUUCGUCGUCCACCCCAUCUAGCACCGCCAAACCCCAGGCUGGUAACCAAAGCGGUGCCGUCAAAGUUUCCGCUGCCGGCAUGGCCUCUGUUGGUCUCGCUGCCCUCGGCGCUGCUUUUGCCCUCUUGAUGUAG